GUCAUUUAUUAUCUCUGGUAUAUAUUCAUUUGCUGAGUUGCCACAGUGUAGUGUAGCUGGAAGUUCUGUGUUGUGAGCAGUGGAAUUAUAAUUUUCGAAAAAUGGGUCCAAAUAAGAGAGUAUUUGUAGUUGGUGUUGGAAUGACGAAGUUUGAAAAGCCAGGUAGGAGAGAUGACUUCGACUAUCCUCAAAUGGUUAAAGAGGCAGUUACAAAGGCACUAUCAGAUGCACGCCUUCGUAUUGAUCAUAUUGAUCAAGCUUGUGUUGGAUAUGUGUAUGGUGAUUCUACAUGUGGACAGAGAGCAUUAUAUGAAGUUGGCAUGACAGGAAUGCCUGUAUACAAUGUGAACAAUAACUGUGCUACAGGUUCAACAGCACUAUUAAUGGCAAAACAGCUUGUUGAAUCUGGAAAUAACCAGUGUGUUUUGGCACUAGGAUUUGAAAAAAUGGAACGUGGAUCCCUUAGUGCAAAGUAUCUUGAUAGAACAAACCCACUGGAUAAACAUGUGGAACUGAUGGCUGACCUCGCAGGUCUAAGCAACUCUCCAAUUGCAGCACAAAUAUUUGGAAAUGCUGGGAAGGAACAUAUGGAGAAAUAUGGCACUAAACCUGAACACUUAGCAAAGAUUGCUUACAAAAACCACAAACAUUCAACAAAUAACCCGUACUCCCAGUUCCAGGAUGAAUAUACUCUUGAACAGAUAAUGAGUUCACCACAGAUAUUUGGUCCUUUAACUAAACUGCAAUGCUGUCCUACAUCUGAUGGCGCAGCGGCUGCCAUUUUGGCGUCAGAGGAAUUUGUACAUGCACAUCGUCUGGAAAACCAAGCUAUUGAAAUUGUUGGAAUAGAAAUGGUCACUGAUCUUCCUUCCACGUUCAAAGACAACAGUUGCAUGAAAAUUGCUGGCUAUGAUAUGACAAAAACAGCUGCUGAUAGACUGUUUAAGAACACUGGCUACAAGCCCGAUGAUGUGGAUGUUGUAGAACUGCACGAUUGUUUUUCUGCAAAUGAGCUGAUUACCUAUGAGGCUCUUGGAUUAUGUGCUCCUGGGAAGGCUGGUGAACUGAUAGAUUCUAAUGGAAAUACAUAUGGUGGGAAGUAUGUUGUAAAUCCCAGUGGUGGUCUGAUAUCAAAAGGCCAUCCUUUGGGAGCCACAGGUAUAGCACAGUGUGCUGAAUUGUGCUGGCAAUUACGGGGUGAAGCUGGUCGAAGACAGGUUGCAGGUGCUAAGCUUGGAUUGCAGCAUAAUAUUGGGCUUGGUGGAGCAGUUGUUGUUGCCCUCUAUAGGCAUGGUUUCCCAAGGCCAUCAUAUCCAGUGUAUGCAAACCGUGUCGCUGCUGCCCCGGACCCAGCAGCUUUCAAGGCAAAUGUUCUGUUCCAAGCUAUGGAAGCUGCAAUGAAAGAUGAUAAGGACAAUCUCAUUGAGAAAGUUAGAGGAGUAUAUGCUUUCAAGGUUACAAAUGGCCCAGGAGGUGCUGAAGGUUAUUGGAUAAUUAAUGCAAAGACUGGGAAAGGAAGUGUUGAAUACAAUGGAAAAACCAAACCAGAUGUCACUUUCAUUAUUGAUGAUGGUGAUGUUGUGGACUUGAUCACUGGAAAGUUGAAUCCACAGAAGGCAUUCUUCCAAGGCAAGAUUAAAAUCCAGGGGAAUAUGGGACUAGCAAUGAAGCUUCCAGAACUUCAGAGGCGAGCAAAAGAUAGAAUUGAAGAAUUCAAGUCAAAGUUGUAAAGUGAAGAGAUCUAAUAACAUUAUCAUUCCAGUGACAGGUGUGAACAGGGGUUUCUGUAAAUGUUUGCAGAGAUCUGUCAACAUGUGGAUUACAGUGGAGACGUUUAUAUAUUGUCAAUUAAUUGGAACAUAAUGACAUUGUCAUUUACUAAUUAUUGUACAGCUUAAAUAAAGUUAUUGUGCAUAAGGUAAAUGGUAUGUAUUUUGUGGCUUGUAAAGGGUAUUAAUAUAUAAAGUCAUGGGCAUUGAUUUUCAUCUUCUGGUAAAUGUGGGUGCAAUUUUGCAAUGCUGUAUCUGUAUCAUACAAUGGCUGUAUAUCAAGUUUCAGUAGAUGAAAGAAUGAUUCCAGAAUUGGAGAGCUACUAUCACCUCAAAUUAGUUUGGUAUGUAAUGUUACGAAAAUCACUGAUGUAAAAAGUCUCAAAUGUCAUUUGCUGAACUAUCACCAUUUGAUAAACUCAUCCCAAAGCUCUGUAACUGAAUCUGUAAUCUAGUUUCUACAUGUUUUGUUGUAAAUUAAUUGGUCAAAACUGCAACAAUUAACUGAAAUUACACAAGAAAAAGGUGAAGAAACAGUUUUUUUUUUUAAAUUGAUUUACCAUCGUACUGCUGUAACAUUUUCAGGCUUGUGGUGGCAUUCUGAUAGAAAAGUCAGUAUCCUUUAUGUUGUUGGUGAUUCAGAUAUGUCAUUCGAUCAUAUCUUUGUGCUGUCAUGAAGAAAAUUAUAUUGCAACCGAACCUGGAUCCUCGAUACUGGUGCUAUGUAUUGUUAAUAGAAUUACUAAAGCAACUGUCGUUCCAUUGCUACAUGUGAUAAGUCAGAGUGACUAAGGGAUCAAAUUUUGUUUCGCACGAUGAUGACAAAUUUACAAGUGCUACCUAUCCAACAGACUUGUGAAAAUAUAGUUUGAUACACUCAAAAUAUGAUUCUGUGAAAUAUUAUAUGCAUAAAAAACAAUGAUGCAAUAUGAAGUCACACAAUAUUUUGUGAAAUUAUUCUUGAAUUUGUAUUUUUAUAUUGAAUUUACAAUAAAUAUCUGUUGGAGAAAUUGA